AGGUCUCCGGCUCGCACUCUUGCAGUCCUAAAUGCUCUGAAGCACGGAGCGCAUACUGCUCAGCAUUUCGUCUACGCGCGGUUGAAGUUGUCUUCUGUCACGCAGCUACGCCGUCGAGAGGAACUACUUUGGAUUUGGGUCCUCCGGACUGCUCAGACUGAGAGUAUCGUCCGAAAGAUACGCUCUGUGCAGGUCCGAAAGAAAUUGGCACUAUUAUUCAUGGAGCGCUGAAGGCGCAUUGCCCUGUGUAGUGCCCUGGCAAGGGUUUACGCAAGGUGAAAUGAACUGUCAGCGCGCUCGCGAGCCGCUGUGAUCGAAGCGUCCACUUAAGGAAAAUAGUAAGGACGGUACUUGUUUUAUCAAUUGGUUGUUCUUUUCUUAGGGUGAUAUACUUACGUUGAAAAGGACAGCUUUAAAUUUCAGAUCGGAUACACCAUAAAGAAACUGGGAUUUGCGCUUCUGGUGCAUUCUGCAUUAAGUAGUCAACUCUUUUAAACUUCUGUCAUUGAACAUUUCUUAGAAGAAGACAAUGGCACUGGAUUGCACGUCAGUGACGUCGAGAAAAGUGCUUGUUUGGCUUGUCAUGGCGUACCACUUCGUCUCGGCCAUGGCCUGUGGGGGCGCCUAUCAAAGCGCCAUAGAGGACUUCUGUCUCACCAAGUUCAGGCUGGACAUGGAGGAGCUGGACCAGCGGCAGUGGUGCAGCUGGGAGGACACAGUGCAGACGUACGGGGAACUGACCAACUGCACCUACCUGGUUGCCCUGAAGAUGGACUGCUUCUGGCCCAACCGGCUGGUGGACGAGUUCUUCAUCCGCAUCCACCGGCUCUACUUCUGGAACUGCUCCUUGUCGGGCCGUCUGCUGCGGGACCCGCCCAACCGGAUCCUGGGGCCCUUCAUCGUGGUUCCCAUCCUGGUCACUCUGCUCAUGACCGCCCUGGUGGUGUGGAGGAGCAAGCGCAGCGAGGGCAUCGUGUAGGGCCACCCCCCCCGCCAGGCUCGGGGGGAGGGGGGAGGGGGGCAGGGCGCAGUCUCCCCCGGGCCUCACUGUGUCCGCCCAGGGGUGGACAGAGACACCAUCAGAGAUCAGUUACAGUGGGGCCAACCUGCCCGGUGUAAGUAGACUGUGAGGAAGCAAAGGGACCCGGUGAAUGUACAGAGUGGAAGGAUGGUUAGGGUAAACAACCUGGAUUAGUUAUGCACUGCUGGAUCCCAGAGCCAUCCACAGGACAUACAGGCUAGGAUCCCCUAAAACACCCUCCGCCAAGGAUGGAGAAACCCUCAGCACCCAGCAUCCUUCACCCACGAUAUCCCAACAGCUUACAUACUAAGGUCUGUGCAUGACUUCCACUCCUGCCGCCCUUUCAUCCGUGGAAAGGGGGGGCUCCCCGAUGACAUAGCCACAUGUGCAGUGACAGACUGCGGGACGAGUGAGUGACAGCAGUGUGGGGUUAGUAGCACAAGCAGCCAGCUGAAACCCAAAACCAGCAGACCCCUCUUUUGCAGAGAGAGGGUAGACCUUCUGCCAUGCUGUGUGGUGUGCUCUUCAAUCUCAACGCACCCUGGACUGCAUUCCUCCUCUCAGAAAACAGACACAUUUUACACUCACACUUUACGUUCACAUUCUGUGCAUCGUGCCAAUUACUUGUGACAGAAAUAUUCUAUUCUUAAUCUAUUUAAGGUAUGGAUCUCACAGCUACGUGGUGAGACCAUGCAAAUAAUGGAAAUGGUAGUAGUGACAAUUUUGAUGAUGAAAAAUGAGGAGCUUGAUUAAAAUGUGUAGAACGUGGGUUGUAUUU